ACACAGUAGUGAAGAAGUCCUCUAGUGGGCGCUGUCGGGCCCCUGUGUAUGAAGAAUGGGGAAGAACCCUGAGCCCAAUCCCGGGGCCCCCACCUCACUCCCUGAUACAUGAGGAAAUUGAUGAACAGAAGAUCCGAGAACUCAUCAACAAGAUGAUGGAGCUGCUGACUGGAGAGGGUGAAGAUCCGAACAAUAUUAAUGCUCCAGAGACAGAUGUGAGCGGUGGUGAGCAGUAUAAAGAAGACAUUCCUACAGGGAAAGAUCUGAACUAUAUUAAUGCUUUAAACAUAAUAGUAAAAGAAGAAGAAGAAGAGACAGAUGUGAGCAGUAAUGAGCAGUAUAAGGAGGACAUUUAUACAGGGAAAGAUCUGAUCUAUAUUAAUGCUACAGACACAAAGGAAGAAGAAGAGACAGAUGUGAGCGGUGAUGAGCAGUAUAAGGAGGACAUUCCUACGGGGAAAGAUCUUAUCUAUAGUAAUGCUACAGACAAAAAGGAAGAAGAGACAGAUGUGAGCAGUGAUGAGCAGUAUGUGGAGGACAUUCUUACAGGUAACCACCAAGAUUCUUGUACCAGGAGAUCAGAGGAGAAUCUUAUAUCUUCAGAUUAUAAAGCAGAUGAUGAUAUCACACAAGAUACAUAUGAAGAACAUUCCAUUAUCCCAGAUACACCCUCAGCCCUUCACAGCCAACAUCUGUCAUCUCAUCCUUAUAUACAGGUCCUGUCUUCUCAGUCAUCACAGGAUGUUCAGCAAAAUAAAGGUCACAGAAGGGGUGCUGGACAUCAACGAGCUCAUACAGGAAAGAAAUCAUAUUCAUGCUCAGAAUGUGGGAAAUGUUUUACUUUUGAAUCACUUCUUGUUAUACAUCAAAGAACUCAUACAGGGGAGAAGCCAUUUUCAUGUAGAGAAUGUGGGAAAUGUUUUAUUAAGAAAUCACAUCUUGUUCAACAUCAAAGAACUCACACAGGGGAGAAGCCAUUUUUAUGCUCAGAAUGUGGGAAAGGUUUUACUUGGAAAUCAACUCUUCUUCAGCAUCAAAGAACUCACACUGGAGAGAAGCUGCUUUCAUGCACAGAAUGUGGGAAAUGUUUUACUUUUAAAUCACUUCUUGUUAAUCAUCAAAGAACUCACACAGGGGAGAAGCCAUUUUCAUGUUCAGAAUGUGGAAAAUGUUUUACUGACAAAUCAAGCCUUGUUAAACAUCAAAAAACUCACACGGGGGAGAAGCCAUUUUCAUGUUCAGAAUGUGGAAAAUGUUUUACUGAGAAAUCAAGUCUUGUUAAACAUCAAAGAACUCACACAGGGGAGAAGCCAUUUUCAUGUGCAGAAUGUGGGAAAUGUUUUACUCAGCAAUCAAGUCUUGUUAAACAUAAAAGAACUCACACAGGAGAGAAGCCAAUUCAGAGCAAUAAAUGAUGCAGAUAACACAUCUAUGAUCUAUGGUCAGAUUCUUCUUCCAUAACUAGUCUCAGUACUAGCACCAGCAGGUAUCCUCCAUUUUACCGCUGUGGAUCGUGUGUGAUCCUCUUCAAGUACAUUCAUCCCACCGAGGAUCCUGCCAGACCUGGAGAGGAUGCCGUGGCUGCUGACGGCCAUCUUGGAUUCCAAUUAGGAGUCUACGUGCCAGUGCUGCUGGUGUGUCCUCAGCACAACAUCUUCCGGUAUGCCUUCUACCACCUACCUGCCAGGGUUUACCGGAACGUUACUACACCAGGAGCGCACCUUUUAUUCUCGUCUAAGGAGAUGAUGGAGGCGCCGAUGCUGCCAACCGAGGUGGGAAGUAAAAGCCCAGACAGGGGCAGAUGCUGA